GCCGCAAGCAGUCACCAUAACCCAGGCGAAGGCUAGAAAUCUGCAUCAGUCUUAAGCCAUCGCUGCCGAUAAUUUCAUCCACCGGUUUUCAAGACUCUUCUUACAACAUGCAAUCUUCAAAGCGAACGAGUAAUAUGAGUCAGAGAUCGUCUACAGGGAAAAAGCCGAGGCUUGUCGCUUCUACUGCUGCAGUCGUUGAUCAGCGUGAAAUACCGGCCUGCUGGGAGAGACCAUUCCCGGUUAAUGGUCAAGGAGUUAUGGUCUUCAACACUGACAGGAAAGGUCUUCCGUUCUACGUCAGCAUCGAAAGUCAAGAUGGCGUCUACUGGAUGGCACUCCACGUGGGUAUCGGCUACGCUGCCUUCCUUCGGCAGGGACAAGAUGAUGUUGCCCCAACAGAGCUAAAAAGGGUCGAGGGAGCGGAGUACGGGGUAGAGAAUGGAAAGCAGACCUACUGGUACAGCUAUGACCGGGACAACCUCGUCCUCAAGUACGGCAAGGGCUACCGCAUGGAAGAGACCACUAUGAUGGUAGUCGACUUCUUAGAAGGUCAAGAUAAUCCAGAAGAGGUUCGCAAAGACAUGUACCCGUACUUCAAUGCAGAAGGACAGAGGUUUGUGCGUCAGUACGAUGAGAAAAGCAACAUGACUAUUUACAGUAGCGGAAUUCAGGUGACGGAGCCACUGGUUGAGUUCGACAAACAACCUCUCAUCUGCAACAUCCCGCCCAAAGUAAUGGACAGUUCAAAGGUCACUCUAUUCGAUCUAGACAGGGGGGAGUUCGUGUUCUCAGCGAGUCUACCGUCUGCAUGUAAAGAAUUGUACUCAAAUAUCAAGGGGUGUGUGCUAGAUUAUAGCGAGAAUGUAGAAGGGGAAAAAGUAUUACUUACAGACGCAAUCCGCUAUAGUAUUUACAACGGCAUCCUGCGCGACAAACUGGCCGAAAAGGUUGGCGAGCUUUCGGACGACAAAGACGGCACCUAUCUGCGGGUGACGCUCGGUAGUAGUCUCGGGAAAUCUCCGGGAAUCCCGUACGUUUUGGAGAUUUGGCCUGCCGGUCACUUCAGCCCCGUUCACAACCACGGUAACGCUAAUGCCGUGAUCAAAGUGCUGUACGGUUCCCUUGAUGUUUCCAUCUAUAACAAGCAGACGGGUAGGGAGGUCCCCGAACCUAUUAGUACAGUACCUAUCAGUAAAAAUGACGUAGUCUGGAUUGACCGCAACUGGUACCAGACUCAUAAGCUGAAGAACAACGGGACGGAAUAUUGCGCAACUAUUCAGUGCUAUAAUUAUGCGGCGAGCGACACAACUUACUGGCCAUAUUUUGAUUUCAUUAGCGACGACCAAACGAUUGAUGAAUUUUUCCCAUCUUCGGAUUUUGGGUUCGUCGAAAUGCGAACACAGGUUAUGGCCGAGUACACGGAAUACGUACAAGGUAUCAGGAAAGCUAUUAAUCCUAUCGCUGUUCCUUAUUAAAGGGCAUGUACAUGCUAUGUCAGAUUUUUGGCCGAUUUUAACCCAACAAUUUUGAUUUAAAAUUCAAAAGGUA